ACAAGACGUAGUAAAGACUGAGCUGCUCCCCCCACCUGCCGGACCGCGGCCUGUAGCGUGUCCUGCACAGCGGCCGCCUGUAUGACAGACCGACGCAGCCCGACGCGUGACCACACUCCCCCAGCAGGAGCCUUCACGCCCGCUGCUCUCAUGGACUACUCUGAGCGCCGCCACUGAACGUGUGAGCGUGUGCGGCUGUCAGCGAUUGUGCGUGUACGUGUGUACGUGUGUGUUUGUGUGUGUGUUUCUCGAGUUCGGUGUUAGUGUGUUAGUUUAAUGUGAGAAUUGUGUUUAGAAAAAGAAAGAGGGAAUAUUAUAAUUAUUUGUGUGUGUACUGGGUGAGUGUGGUUGAAGGGACGUGGAGUUAGUGAAGGAAACCACGUGCUGUGAACACCUGCUUGGGAGAAUCCACCACCACAACCACCACCACCGCCACCACCACAACCACCACCAACACUACCACUAAAGGAUGGCACCGCCCCGCAAACUCUCCCACUCGUGCUCGGCCGGCCUGUUCCCCACCUUCAGGCGCCUACAGGUGGGUGGCGACGGGCAGGUGGUAGCGCCCACCCCCACCCGCAGCCCCGCCCUCCACCGCGGUCCUGUCACCAUCCCUCACGCCGGGGGUCUGUUACGGGUGUGGGCUGAGGUGCGGACUGGGGCACUGCACGUGUAUCCCCAGCGGGCGGCGGCACUCCCAUCCCUGGUCGUGGCACACCUGGCCCAGUGCUGCGUGUCCCUUACCUGCCUGGCGCGACCCUCACCUGCCUACUGCGUCCUGGUGCACCGCAAGGGUCGGGAGGAGGUGCGGCUGCUGCUGGAGACACGAGAGGAGGCGGAGGUGUGGGUUGGGAUGCUGCAAGUCACGGCGGUGUCUCGCUCCCUGCAGCUGGAGGGGCUCAACCUGGAGUGUGGAGCGGCAGAAUGUUUCCCGCUAGGUGGCGAGGGCGUGGCGGGGGCGGAGGGGAGCUGCAUGGAGAGGGACCCGGGCGAGGACGAGGAUGAGGAAGACGCCGAGGAAGACGAGGAGCGGAGUACCCAAGAAACCCUCGCUAAUUUGAUCGACCUUCUGCAACCUUUCUAUUGCGGAGAUGAUGUCGGAAGUGGAAGCUCCUGCGAUGCGGAGAGUCCUGAGGAGGAGGAGGAAGAGGAGGAGGAGGAGGAAGAAGAAGAGGAGACCAGGCUAGAAGGAAGAGGAAGAGCCCAGAAGGAAGGUUGCUCCACCCCCUCCCUCUCCUCCCCCUACACCGCCAUGGUAGAGGGGACCGAGGUGCGUCUCCGCCACCCGCCGCGCCUCUCUCCUGACGAGGACGCCGGCAGGAGGGAGUUGCUGCAGCAGAUGUUGACCACCAAGUCCCUGCUGGAGAAGAAGCAGAAGAACCGUCGCUCUGGGGCGGGGGCGUGGGCGGUGACGGCAGGCGAGAUAGAGAACGAGUAUGACAGGGCGCAGCACGAGGCCCAGCUGUCUGCGCUGCGCAAAGCUGUCAUCCUGCGCCAGAGGAAGAACUCCACUGCCAUCAAGAUGGCAACACUGGAGCGGCAGCAAUCCUCCAAGGGCAAGAAGCAGAAACAGAGGAAGCAGAAGGCGAAGGGUGACGGAGGCGGCGGCGGCGGAAGCAACAGCACAGGAGGAGGAAGCGGCGGAAUGUGGGCUUGGGACGGGACGGGCGGGGAGGCGAGUGCAGGCAGCGGGGGCGUGGGCGUGACGGGCGGGGACGUGACGCACCAGCUGGAGGCUCUGCGGCGGAGACUUAGCGCCCUGGACUGUGAGCUGCGAGAGAGUAAGCAGGACACGGAGAGAACCCUACAGGACCUCCAGCAGCGUCGAGAACAGGAGUUGCAUUUGAUUAAGGACUUAGGAGGCGUGGCUGGAGACUUGCCGUUGGUAGGGGGCGGCGCUGGCGGGCUGGCGGAGAUGACUUUAGCCAAGAGCUCCAACGGCGGCUCCCUCAUGGGCUCCCUCUCGUCCAUUCCCUCCAUUGUGGUGUCCUCCUCCCCCGCCGUCUCCUCAUCCUCCUCCUCUGUCGUCGAGAAGAAAACGUCAGAGAAAAUCUUCGGUAUUAAGGUUGGGGGUAGCAAGGAGGGCCGCUCUAAGGCACGCAACCCCCUCCACUUCCUAGACCUCAAGCUUAGGGUCUCCCGGCGCCACAAGAGCACGGAGUGUCUCAGUGCCCGCGGCGCCUCAACUCCCACGCCAGACAGGUCGCACAGCAGCACGCCAGGGAACGGCUCCUAUAGCGACAACAGCAGUGACGAGGAGGCCGACAAUCCUCAGCAGCCCCGCCAGCCGCCCUCAGUCGCUACAGGCCAGCAGCAGGCGGGGCGCGCGGGGCUGCGGACCGAGGUGAGCGUGGAUGCUCUUAGGGAGAUCGAGGGCGUUCAAGCAGCUGAUCCAGAGGUACUUCGCCACCCACCCUCGCCACGACAGCAUCACCUCACACUCCAGGGAGAUACUGCUGUAGAAGAGCGAGGACGAGGCGGAGGGCUGGGAACUCCUCCUCUCCUGGGAACUUUAAACUUCCGACCAAACAGAAAAUAUUGGUCGAGGCCACGAAGCUUUGCAGUGAAUCAGCGAGACUGCGAAACACGGCGAGUCGAACGAAACUAACCACUGAAGCAGUCCAGGAAGAGACGAUGGGGGCUUUCCAGGCAGUGAACAACGCCGCGAGGCACACGAUUGAAUUCAUACAAAGAGUAACAGUGAAGACAGGACAGGCAGUGAACACCGCCACCAAGAACACUGUCGAUUCAAUAAAAAGAGUAACUUUGAAGACAUGCCGGACAGUGAACAACGCCACCAGACACAGUCGUUUACUUGCGUUGGAGAGUCACUGAAUCCUUUCAUCGCGUGUGUUACUGAACACCAGUGGCUGGACGCGCCGCGGUGGGCUGGGUGACGGAAAGUGUGCAGUGACAAACCGCGGCACUGAAAUCUUGUCAGUGAACCAGCGCGUCACACACCCAAGCAGUGAAGGCGACGCCUGCCGCUGUCAGUUCCGUCGUCAUGUGGACGACUGGUCUCCUGCAGGGAGCAGCAGUGAGCGUGGGCCAGGCAGUGGGCUCCGCCACGAGGCACUCGGCUGGUUUCCUGCGCUGGAGAUUUACUUCGUUAUUUCGUCACCUGCGUCACUGGCCGGCGGUGACCACCCGCCAUCCACUGGGCGGGGAAGCAGACCUACCAGGCACUGGCGGGCACUGAUGGGCACGGUGAGCCAAGGGUGCCUCGCCCCGUCACCUUCCCGGGGAAGGUGGGGCAGGAAGCGCCCUCUGGCUAGCGACUCCUCACCAUGGCAGAGGCACAGGUGCUCCGCGAAGAGCCCACGUCCUCCCACGCCCAGUCCCUCCCUGACGAGGCCACGCGGGGAGCGCCCGAAUUGGUUGUCCUGACUAGACGGGAGCUGAAGCGCGCGUUGCCCCGCGCGUUGUGCUGCUCGGGAAGCACGACGUCCACCCCGACGAGAUCAACCGCCUGGUGGACUCCCUGCCCUCCACCAGGCCGCCGCGAGGAUUAGCAGGGCGUGGCGACUCACCCCGCGUCACGCCACAAGUGAUGCCAGUGAUGCAGGGAACGAGUGAUGAGAGUGACGCCCUGAGUGAUGCGGGCACGAGUGGUGCGAGUGACGCAGGGCACCACUGGUGCCAUUAAUCCUUUGCUCCACUACUCAACUCCGCGCUGCCUCAUGCAACCAGAUGCUGAAGGGUUUUUCUUGGUGUACAGUGGUUGCAUUGCAGUGCCAGGGAUAAAUAAUGUGCAUAAAAUUGCCUCUAAGUAAUGUGGUUUUGUGUUUUGUUACUAUAUUUUUAUUGUGUUAUUUUGUUGAUAAAAAUAAAUAACAAUAAACACCCCUAAUCACUUUAAGAAAGUGGUUUGAUAUCUCGGCCUUUUCAAUAAUUUUAUUUGUAUAAAGAAAUUAUCUUGAU